AUGUUGCGUCUCCCGGGUCUCCUGACACGCCACUGCUUCAUUCCAGUAAAGCAAACCACUGUACUUCUUCCAAAGGCACUUUUCUCAUCAGUAUCAUCCCUUGAAACUUUAGCGGUGCAGUCCAUGGCCACGGCCUUCCGUCAAUCCGGUCAUCUACAGGCUGAUCUGGAUCCAUUGCAGCUUCAGUCACGCUCCGCUGUUGCCAGUCUCACUGCAGCCAACUUCCAGCCAUUGCUGGAUCGUCCUCUUUCUACUGCAGACUUGGCUCGAGUCGUGUCCGUAUCAGCGGCCAAUGGACAGCAACUCUAUGAUGAACUACAUCGUGUCUAUUGCAGUAAAAUUGGCUUUGAAUUCGAACAUUUGACGUCAAUGGAGGAGAAAAAGUGGUUGGCCAAUGCAGCUGAGACAUUAUCAAGUAUAGAAGUAUCUCCUUCGGAUCUACGUAAUUCCUACUACAGUAUGAUGCGUGCUGAUGUGUUUGAGACCUUUAUGGCCAAGAAGUUUGCGUCCUUCAAGAGAUAUUCAGGUGAAGGAGCAGAAUCCAUGCUCCCAGCAGUCGAAACAGUGCUCCAAGCUUGCACGAUGUCAGGUGUCACGGAUGUUGUGAUUGGCAUGCCACACCGUGGACGCCUAGCACUGCUAGUUGGACCACUGGAAUAUCCGGUGCAUCGAAUCUUCCACAAGGUCCGUGGAAACUCAGAGUUUCCUAACAAUUUUCGUGGUAUUGAUGACGUUUCGUCGCACAUUGCCACGACAAUUGACAAGAAGUAUGCAGACAAGCAGGUGCAUGUGUCGCUCGUGCAUAAUCCUUCGCACCUGGAGAUCAUCAAUGCGGUAGUCGCAGGAAAAGUACGUGCCAAGAACGAUGGUGAUACCAAUACAAACGCAAUGGCGUUGCUGCUGCACGGUGACGCGGCAUUUGCUGGACAAGGGUGUGUUCCGGAAGCCUUAGCGCUUUCGCAACUACCCGACUUCCAGGUUGGCGGAUCAGUGCACAUUGUGGUUAACAAUCAGGUGGGUUAUACGACCACGUACCCCGAUGCACGUGCUACACGCUAUGCUUCGGAUGUUGUAAAGAGCAUCGAAGCACCGGUGUUGCACGUCAAUGGUGAAAGCAUGAUCGACGUGAUUCGUGCAUGUCGUCUUGCUGUAGCGUAUCGUAACCAUUUUCAUAAGGAUAUUGUCAUCGAUUUGAUAACGUUCCGCCGUCAUGGACACAACGAGGUAGAUGAGCCGCGCUUCACGCAGCCCAAGAUGUACGAACGUGUUGAUCAGGCUGAGCGAUUCCCAAUCAAAUUUGCCCACGAGCUGGAAGAAAGUGGCCUCGUCUCGCGCACCACUUUCGAAAAGACUGUCGAAAUCUUGAACGAGCACCUUGAAAGCGAGCUCAAACUCGUCACUGUUGAACCUAUUUACGUGCCCACGGAGAUCGAUGCGUUCAAGGGCAAGUGGGCAACUAUGGCGCAGCCAAAUCCUGAAGAUCUGUACGCUAACGAUGCAACUGGUGUUGAUAUCGACAACCUCAUUCAAGUCGGUCUUGCAUCCGUAGAGCUUCCCGAUCGUAUUCAACCUCACAGCCGUCUGCAGCGCACGCAUAUUAAAUCGCGGCAAAAAAAAUUGCUGCAAGUGAAGGACGACCAAAAUCCUGAGGAUGUGCGUGUCGACUGGGCCACAGCUGAAGCUAUGGCGUUCGGCACGCUGAUGCAAGACGGUCACUCGAUACGUCUUUCCGGGCAAGACUGCCGCCGCGGCACUUUCAGUCAAAGGCACGCCUCGUUCACGGACCAGGAAACCGAGGAGCGUUAUUUCCCGCUACAGCACCACUUGCCCAAGAAGUCUGAUACCGUUGGUAAGCUGAGUGUUGUCAACAGCAAUCUGUCAGAGCUUGCUGUCAUGGGGUAUGAGUAUGGCUACUCAGUGGAGAGCCCUAACAAUCUCGUAAUCUGGGAAGCGCAGUUUGGUGACUUCUUCAAUGGUGCCCAGAUCGUCAUUGAUCAACUCUUGUCGAGUGCAGAAUCAAAGUGGAUGCGUCAGUCGGGUCUCAUGCUGUUACUGCCUCACGGCAACGAUGGAGCUGGUCCUGAUCACUCUAGCGGUCGGGUUGAGCGCUUCUUGCAAUUGGUUGACACUCCAGCACUGACCCCGCGCUCGUCUGUAGAUAAAUCGGACACGGAGCCCGUGUGGAAGCAGUUCCAACACGACGCCAACAUGAUUGUGGUAAAUGUGACUACACCGGCCAAUUUCUUCCACCUGCUUCGUCGUCAACAGCAGCGUACAUUCCGCAAACCCGUAGUCGUUAUGGGACCCAAAAUGCUGCUACGCCUUGCCGAUGCAACAUCUCCACUGUCCGAGAUGGGACCAAGCACCACGUUCCAGCCAGUUCUUUCAGACCCAACAAUCACAAACGCCUCGCAGGUCAAGAAGGUCUACUUCUGUUCGGGCAAGUUCUACUAUGAGCUUGCAAAGGAGCGUCUCGCACGCAGCGAGAAUCCUGAGACGAUUGCGCUUGUCCGUUUAGAAGAGCUGGCGCCGUUUCCCUUCGAGCAGGUUACCGACGAACUCGCGAAGUUCAAGAAAGCCAAGAAGUUUGUCUGGGUUCAAGAAGAGCCAAUCAACCAGGGUGCCUGGACGUACGCCCAGGCUCACAUUGAGAAGUUGCUGGGCAAGAAGCAGCACCUUGAGUACAUUGGCCGGGAAACCCUUGCGGCUCCGGCCGUCGGCUUGUCCAAGCGCUCACAUGAGCAGCUACAGGUGGUGUUGACCGAAGCAUUUGGUCCACCAAAGUAG